CCAGCCAUGUUGGUUCUCUUUUUGCUCCUCCCUCCCUAAGGUAUCCGCCGUUGGCUUGUUGGCUUGUUGGCUGAAUACGAAGAAGGUGCAGCUGCCGGCAUCAGCAUCGGUAAUCCGUGGGUUUACGUGCACAAUACUGGAUUGUAGGGUAAGUGUAGAGUACGUAAGGUAUGGAUGUAUCUUGUAGGCAUGAAGCACACCAGAGUGACACCGGAGCACUGGUGCCUUUUUUGGGCCCUUACUUCAUGCAGGUCCAGGCUCACCCACCCGGCUCGUGGGCUGCGAGGGCUCAGGAGGUCGAGGUGCCACGACUGCGAUGGCCAAUUGGGCUGAACCUCGGGAUCCCUGGAUCGUGCGCAGGUGCAGUGCACACCUGGGCAACUCAAAGAAACCUACUCUAAAAGGCGAGGGAGGAGGGGCAGGCCCGGCAGAGGCAGAUCCAGUUUGUCAAGGCCUGCC